AUCGGAGUGCUAAGAAAAGGACAGUUCUUGCGCGCGCGUUCUUGCUUGGGAUCCUGUAAGACGCAUCGUCUCCCUCCUCCUUCGUUUCCUUGUGUCUUGUUUUUGCAGAAUCCUUUGUGUACCCACUACUUUUCAUGCGCCAGAGACGGGAGGAAGGUGGUUAAAAGGGUGCAAAAAAGGAGAAAAAAGAGGAACUAGAACGGCCAAAACCCGAUCAUCUGUCCGCGAAGCUAAGAAAGUUUAGACCUUUGCUGUUGGGUGUUGAAAAAUCUAUGAUCUUCACUCUUCGUCCAUAUGUAUGGGGAACUAUAAUAACGAAAGAUGUUACCUUUUUGUUCACUCGUAUCUUCCCUUCAUCGGUGCUUAUGAAAACCAAGUAGCCGCUGAGAUUAUGAUGCUAACACAGCCAGUUUGCUUCGCUUGGGGAAUUUAGUUUAGCCACAGGCACUUAGCUUUACCAGCCUUCUCUCUAGGACUAGGAGGGUUUGGCAAAGCUUAUAUUUCCCUCUCGUUGCAGGUGCAUUGGUAAUGGGUAUGGCUUCCACCGCUGCCUCUAGUCUUUUAGUUUCGCAGAAACUUUUCCACAGAGGCCACAGCCGUUUUGGAUUGGGAUCUUCCAUUCCUGGCUUUUCAAGUCUUGAACUUUCUUGCCGCUUUUCUGGUUCAUGGAAUUCGGGUCAGCUUGCUGCACAUAUCAUAUGGAACUCAAAACCCCACCUCAAGAAUGCUCGAUAUUUGCCUUCUUCGAUCUUCUCCUGUGCCAAUCGGACAUCCGAGCCCUCAGUGUCGGCUGAUUCAUCCCACACUGGGGUUGCUGCUGCUGAGAGAGUGGUAGUGCUGGUCAUUGGUGAAGGAGCAAGGGAACAUGCACUUUGUUGUGCCUUGCAACGAUCUCCAUCAUCUAGUGCAGUCUUCUGUGCACCUGGAAAUGCCGGUAUUUCUAAAGCUGGAGAUGCCACUUGUGUCUCAGACCUUAAUAUUGCCGACAGUUCAGCUGUAAUUUCUUUCUGCCGCAAGUGGGGAGUCGGACUUGUUGUGGUUGGACCAGAGGCUCGUCUUGUUGCUGGUCUGACGAAUGAUUUAGUUAAGGCUGGAAUUCUUACCUUUGGCCCCACAGUAGAAGCUGCUGCACUGGAAGGUUCUAAGGAUUUCAUGAAAAGCUUGUGUAACAAGUACAACAUUCCCACAGCCAAGUAUAAAACGUUUACUGACCCAUCUGCAGCAAAGAAAUACAUUAAUGAGGAAGGGGCACCGAUUGUCGUAAAAGCAGAUGGAUUGGCUGAUGGAAAGGGAGCUAUUGUUGCCAUGACGUUGGAGGAGGCAUAUGAAGCAAUUGACUUGAUAUUGGUUAUGGGGGGUUUUGGUUCUGCAGGUUCCAAGGUCAUCGUUGAGGAAUAUCUUGAAGGAGAGGAAGCUUCUUUUCAUGCCCUGGUUGAUGGAGAGAAUGCCAUAGCUAUGGAAACUUCUCAAGACCAUAAACGAGUUGGGGAUGGUGAUACAGGACCUAAUACUGGCGGGAUGGGUGCUUACUCUCCAGCGCCGAUCUUAACUCUAGAGCUGCAGUCUUUUGUCAUGGAGUCUAUCAUUCUCCCUAUUGUCAAAGGGAUGGCGGUGGAAGGUCGCAAGUUUGUUGGCGUUCUCUAUGCAGGACUCAUGAUUGAGAAAAAGUCUGGGUUGCCUAAAAUGAUUGAGUGCAAUGUGCGCUUUGGAGAUCCGGAGUGUCAGGUAUUGAUGGCUCGUUUGGAAUCGGAUCUGACUCAAGUCCUGCUGGCAGCUUGUAAGGGAGAGUUAAGAGGACUGACACUUGAGUGGGCGCCUGAAUUUGCUAUGGUAGUGGUCAUGGCAAGUAAGGGCUAUCCAGUCGCCUCUGCAAGCGGAACUGUAAUUCGGAAUCUUGAAGCAGCAGAAGCUGUCGCUCCAUCUGUCAAGAUACUCCAUGCUGGAACAACUUUCGACUCAGAUGGUAACUUUGUUGCUGGUCGAGGCCGUGCUCUUGGGGUCACUGCCAAGGGGAGGAAUUUGGAAGAAGCACGUCAAAGAGCUUACCAAGCAGUUGAAACCAUCAACUGGCCAGGAGGCUUCUGCCGACAUGACAUUGGGUGGAGGGCACUUCCAAAGAAUCAAUUCACAGAAAAAAGUGGUUGAGCUUCAGAUGCGAUCUCAAUGGGCAUUCCAAUAUGACGAGUUUACUUUUAGAUUUAUUUAAGGCAAAGUGAGGAAUUUUCUUGGCCUUGGUCGAAAAGGUUUUGCAGAUCACUUUUCGAUGUGCUUCAUCCAUAGUAAUUGUUGGUGGAAUAAAGUUUAAUGUUGCGGACUC